CCGUACUACCCCCACCACCCAUACACGACUGUUGACGACCGACCGCUAGCCAAUAAUGUCGCUCCCGACCGCCCCGAAAGACAUCUCGGACCACCCCGCAAAGGGCUCCGUCGUCGACCCCGUCAACAAGCAGCAGAAGGACGCGGAUGUCGACCGCAAGCUGCGGCUGUACGGCGUCAUCGAGGCCUUCCGCCAGGGCCGCCUGCCCGACAACCAGCAGAUCGACCGCACGCUCAAGUACGUGCUCGACCACGAGCCCGUUGAUACCAGCGCGCUCUCGCCCGAGGGCAAGCGGCUCAUCCAGGACACGCGCGAUAUCAUCGAGACGGCGCGCGUGAUCGUCCAGGACAAGAAUGCGGACGAGCUCUUCCAGAACUUUGUCUGGCACACGCGCGACGUGAAUGCGGACCAGGUGAAGAAGGACCCGAACGAGGUCCUGCCUGUCGACCAGGAGAAGGCGAGAAAUGACUCGAAGCAGGCCGUCCAGCACCUGCGCACCCUGCUGUCGCUCGUGCUGACCAACUCGGAGGUCCGCAAGCUGCUCUCCGACUUUUCCGUCAUCGGGCGCGACCUGCUCGCCAAGGGCGCCGCCAAGGCCGCGUCGAAGAUUGGGCCGGACGAGGAGCGGCUGCGGCAGGUCGACGACACGGCGCCGAACGACCAGUUCGUCACCGAGGGCGGGCGCACGGUCGGCCCCGACGAGACGCCCGUGCUCGAGGCGAAGGUGCCCGGCAUGGACGCGACCAUCAAGCAGCACCCGCGCGACGAGCCCGGCUCGGGCACGAAGGUGCUCGUCAACGGCGAGGAGAAGACCGGCGACCAGGCCGCGCGUGAGGGCCGCGAGCGCAUGGAGGAGCUGAGGAGACAGGGGAAGGGCCAGGCGGAGAGGCAGGCGGACGAAAUUCAAAAGGAGGUGAAUGAUACCCCGAGCGACACGGAGGAGGCCAAGGAGAAGAAACAGGGUCUCGUUGAUCGUAUGCGCGGUAUGAGGGACGGCCUUGUGGACCGCAUCCCGCAGCAACACAAGGACCGCGCGAACGAGCAGGUCGAGCGCGGUAAGACGUUCCUCAGGGACGAAUACUUCCCGGAGGAGCGCCGCGACCAGUUCAUUUUCCGUGGCAAGAAGGUCAUCAUUGAGUGCCAGAAGCACAAUGACUACCAGGAGAGCGUCCGGUGGUUGCUCAGCUUCGUCGAGGAGUACGCUAAGCAUGGCAAGACGGCGCACGAGAACGUCAAGGACCACGGACAGCAGGUCGCCGGUGAUGGCUCGAUCAAGACCGCCACGAGCGAGUUGAGAACGUUGCUGGAGCGGUUCGCGAACAACCAGAGCAUGGACUCGAUUAUCGACGCUGUGAACGCGCUCAUCGAGGACGCGCGCAACGACCAGGAGCUGCGCGAGUGGUUCCAGCGCGUCGACACGUACGUGCGCAAGGUGCUGCUCGAGCCCGGCUUCGUCAUCGAGCCCCAGUGCAACCGCGAGGGCAACGAGGUCAAGGACUCUGGCCGCCGGUUCUACGACGACAAGUACAAGGGCCACUUUGACAACCUGUUCAACACGAUCAGCGGGUGGUUCCGCGCGAUGGGCGAUGACCCGCUUAACAAGAGGUUCGGCAAUGACUGGGCCCGUCUUACUCGCGACCUGCUGUUCGACAGCGAGGGUAGUCUCAAGUACAAGCCCGAGUUGUGGAACGACGUGCGCAAGGUCAUCCUGCCGACGUUGGUCGAUCAGGUCGGCUACAUCCCGAUUCCGCGCAUCGAGUACACGGACAAGGAGCUGGAUCUUGUUAUCGAGAAUCUGACGCUCUCGGGCCGGAACGUGUUCCCGAACUAUGUCACGCUGGAGGCGCACAACCACAUGAAGUUCUCGCCGUACAACGCGAUCGCGGACGAGAUGCACCACGAGUUCACGCUCACGCUUGGGCAGAUCCAGGCGGACAUGCGGGACGUUGCGUUCUACUUCCGGAAGAAGACGGGUAUCCCGAAGUUGACGGACAGCGGGCUUGCGGACGUGCUGCUCGGCGGCAGCGGCCUGACGGCGACGAUUCACCUGGUCGGCAGCAACAAGGACCGGAGCAGCGUGUUCAAGGUGAAGGACGUGAACGUGAAGGUGGACACGCUGAAGUUCUCGAUCCGGGACAGCAAGCACGAUAUGCUGUACAAGACGCUGCGGCCGCUGGCGACGGGCCUCGUGAAGAAGCAGAUCCAGAAGGCGUUGGAGGGUGCGCUGAAGACGGGCUUGGAGUACGUGGACGGGCAGCUGGUGAGCGUGCGGGACCGGUACCAGGACGCGAAGGCGAGCGACGAGAAGAGCCGGACGCAGGCGCUGCAGGAGCUGUUCCAGAGCAAGCAGGAGGAGGCGAAGGACAAGGCGAGCAAGGCGGAGAGUAAGAAGGAGGAGCGGGGGAGUCAGUUUAAGGUGGUGAGCAAGCGGGACAGUGUGUUGAUCCCCGAGGGAGGGCACCCUGCUGGGUGGGUGAACCGCACGCAGGAGAGGAGCGAGGCUGCUGUCAGUGGGAAGGAUUGGAGGAGCGAUGCGUUCAACAUCGUGUAAUUGGUCCUACCUCGAGGGCGCGCUGCAAGAUCUUUCUCUUUCGCCGAGCGCCUGCCCGCGUACGUUGCAUGAUUUACGACUUGUUACGAUAUGUCUCCUUACGACGGCGCUCCCUCUUUGAUAAUCGCUAAUUCUUGGUCUCCCUCCUUUACUAUUGUAUUUUUGUGCGGCCUUGUACAUGUACACCUAUGUUUCUGAAUACCCCGAUGAAGUAGCUUACGAGUAUUUGUACACGAGAGUUUGGAGGGAGUGUAAUGGAAUUUCGUUUUACCCUUC